AUGCCUAACCCGGAGAGGCAGGGCGGCUGGGGCUCUGGAGGAGCCGCCACCGCUACUAUCGCUUCCACCAACCCAUUCAACACGCCAAUGUCUACACAAGUCGUCAACCCGUUCGCGAAGCCCAUGGGCAACCCAUUCCAGGGCAACCAGACCGUGCAGGCAGUUGCUCACAACCCCUUCGGAUCGAAAUCUACCACUCCAAAUCCAUUCUUAGCAGCGACGUCUUCGGCACAGAAACGAUCCGCUUCGCCAUCGUUUGGUCAACCGCAGAACGCUGCCCCGAAGCCGAACAACCCAUUUGGUGGCCGAAAGCCGACACCGGAUACGGAAUAUCCCAAGCCAAGUUCCUACCCGGCAAACCCAUCCACAUUCGGCAAUGCAUCACAGUCCAAUGGAACAAGAAAGCAUGCAGACUUCGUUCAGCCUGCAUGGCCUAAGCGGGGAAAUGGGACAGCUUCAGCAACGAAACCGGCUGCUCUAAAGGCGCAAACUAAUGGGAAGAGGAAGGGCGAAUCGGAUUUCCAAGGGAGGUCGAAAUCUUCUAGGAGCUCGCCGGACUCAGCGGUUGUACCCGCACGACCAAGUUCUGGGAACCGCCCGUCUCGAGGCGAAAAUCGCAAUGCGAAAGACUCGUCCAGCCAUGGUAGGCGCGCCCCUGCUAUAGAAGCGCAGAUCCAGCAACAGUUCGCCAAGGAGGGUAUAAAGCCUCCACCAUGGCCCACGAAUCCUGGAAGUGUCUCACAACGUCCUGCCAUGGAAGCAUUCCGAGAGUCAUACAAGGCAUUCAAUGAGAAGGCCAGGAAUUCGUUGAUCCGCGCAGGGCUUAUCGACGACCCGGACAAGAGACGCACGCUGGACGAGGCGCUUGAUUUCAGGGGUAUUGCGGAGGAUAUGUGCCCAGAAUGGGAGAAGAUCACUCGAAUCACCGAGUACGAUAUUCGGAAACCAGAGAAAGAGGUAGACUAUGCGGGCGACCUCGUGGCUAAACCUUCCAUUAUGGUCAAACGCCUUGCUCGAUCCGCUGCUGGCCAGGACGCGCCACUGCCCAUGGACGUUCGGUCUUUCGCUUGCUUACGGCGAACCCUGGAUUACCUGAUCGAUGACCUUAUCCCCUCAGACGACCUGUUGCAGCUGAGACACAACUUCCUAUGGGACCGGACACGAGCAAUCCGGAUCGACCUUUCUGUCCAGAAGUACAAUAUGACGGCAGACGAGAGGAAUGAUCUGAUCUAUUGCCUUGAGACCAUUGCACGGUUUCACGUAAUAUCACUCCAUCUUAUGUCGCAGGAAGGCUUUGCUCCGGAAGACUUCUCUGAGCAACAGGAGGUUGAACAGCUGGGCAAGACCUUGAUGUCCUUGAAGGAACUCUACGACGAUUGUGUACAGCAAGGAAUCGAGUGCGAGAACGAAGCCGAAUUUCGCGGGUAUUAUCUGAUCUUUAACGCACACAAUCCUGCAAUGAAGGAAGUUGUGGGAGGAUGGGGAACUCGUCUCUGGAACCAGGAUGGGAUCAGAACUGCCACCUGCUUAGUGGAGUCCAUCGAGAACACUUCGAGGCUGCAUGGUCCUCUGAAUCCCCAUGCGCCUACAGAGCUCGCUCUUAACAUGGCGUCGAUGUUCUUUUCGAUCAUUGCCAGCCCUCAAAUAUCCUACACAAUGGCCUGCUUUGCCGAGAUACACUUCAACCGUGUCCGCAAGUCGAUGCUGCAGAUCAUUCGAAAAGCGUACUCGAGACCGAGGGAUGGACCAAAGGAUAUUACGCCAGCCUUCCUCAAGGAGCGACUCCGAUUUGAUACCGAGCAUGAGGCCCUUGAUUUUGCUCAACAACAUGGUUUCGAGUUCAGUGAGCAAGGAGGCCAGAAGUACCUCGUUGUUAACUCACGUCAAGGAUUCAACGAUGCACGGGUGCGACACGCCUUCUCUCGGAACAUCGUUGAGCGUAAACGCUCUGACCGCCCACUCCCCGACGUUAUACAUGCAACCGUAUACGAGAAGGUGCAGACUGAAUCAUCAAUCCUCAACCCCGAAGAUAGCUUGUUUGUUAGCGAUUCGGGUGAUGCAUCUUUGGACACCACCAACGGUCAAGCAUUCGAAAGCGAGGUCGAUAAUGCUGAUGCGGCACCGCCUUCCAGCCCUCCAGUUACGACGGAUGCUCUGCCGUCACCAUUUAGGAAACCUACCGUCGAGCAGUCAGCAGUACCGGCAGCUCCGCAGCAAUCUGCCACUUCGAUCUUCUUACGGGCUAGUAACCCAGCAGGGCCUCCGACUGCUGGCUUGUUCCCUUCCACCUCCAGUACUCCAGCGACAACUAUCGCGAGCAAGCCCGUGGGUGGGAUUUCCAGCUUGUCUCAGCCAUGGCCUACAAAGUCGCAAAUGGGCACAGGGGAUCAUGACAAUACCCAAGGACCUCCAGAGAGCCCAGUUGCACACACUUCAGUAGCAAGCACCAAGAAGAAGGUUACUUUCAGCGAAACUGGCUCUAUUGCACCCGGGACAACAGCCAACAGCACAACGAGUUUGUUUGGUUUCUUGAACGACAAAGACAGAAGUAAGGAUCCAACGAUACCCACGAAUCCUUCACCUGCGAGCAUUUUCUCAGGAUUUCCAUCCAAACAAGAGAUAUCGAAUAACAGUGCCCAAUCUACGACACUACUGGCUUGUGAGACAAGUUCAGCACCUGGGCUUGGAUCGCCAAGUAUAGCAACCUCUUCGAAUACCACAACGCAGCCCAGGGCCAUGACCAGUACCUCCAGCCCGUCUUUGUUUCCGACCCUGCAAGCUCCGGAUGCCUCCGGCGCGAAUCAGGUAUCAUCUUAUGCUCAAAUUUCCGCCACGUUGCCUCCAAAUUCUAGCUCAGUCAUAUCAUCUGCAGCUACCGCCGCAGGAGUGGCGUCAGAAACAUACAACAGUUUAUUCGGGGGACCUCCCCAAGCGACCCCAACCACACCAUCCGUCCCCCUGACCAACUCCGCACCCAAGGUCUCUACUCCAUCAGUACCGAAGCCAGAUCGUAUGGCAAACUUCACCAAGUGGUACGUGUGUGGUGACAAGGGUCUGUUGGAGGAACAGCUCCAACCGUUUGCUGUUGAACAAGUACUCAAGAAAAUCUGGGACGACUUCCAGGUUUCUGAAGAGGAACGACGUCGAAAAGAGGAAGACGACAAAUCGUGGGCUGAAGCGCGCAGGUUCCGGACUUACAGUCUCGGAGUCACGUACUUUUACCGCUGGCGUGAUACUUGUCGCAGUCGCCGAGUUGUCAAACGCAUCCAGAUGGAGAAGGAGAAGGCUCGACAGUGGAGGUUGCCCGAGAAUGUAGCAGAACGCGAAGCAGAACGCGAGCGAGCUGCUAAGGCCAAGAAGGAAAAGACGAUCGAGGGGGCCAAAGAGUUGAUGAGAAGGAGAACCAAAGGGAAUGUGGAGGAAACUGCCCGACUAAGGAGUUCAACUCGAUCAGGAGGGGAAUCUCGAGACCGAAGCGUCGAGGAGGCUUUACUUGCCUCUGGCGUCUUGAAGGGCGUACGGAACGAAAGGGCAGCCGCUCGUCAUGCUGCUCGGGACGAUAACAUCGAUUCUGAAAAUGACGUGCCUACAUCAGAGAAGAUACGACUACACUCUGAGAACCAACGCCGGCGCAAACGUGGGCUGCCUCCCCUCAAGCGAUUUCCGGAACCCAAAACCUACAAGGAAGGCUCAAAGACUGCUAAGCUCAAGGCGAUUUCCAAUGGUACUGGGAGAGACUCGAUGUCGGUCUCCACCGGUAGUCUACGUGACUCCACGUUCAGCUCAAGUUAUCGUUCGAGUCUAGGGUUCAAUAACGGUCGCGUGGCGAAGUCGCGAUCCAAGGUUACCGACCCGUACUGGCGCAUGAAGGCCAAUGGCCUAGUGCAGAUGCCCAAUGGAGAAUACCUUCACGAAUCACUUGCGCUGCCCAUGUUGCAAGAGGGGAAGCGAUUCCCAGGACUAGGAGAUUAUGGUUUACCUCCUGAAGCGUCGGCUACAUCUAGUCAGUCGCCCAGGGGAAGUCCAGAUAUCAUUCCGUACACUACUCCCUCGGCCGUAGACGGCGCACGGCGUAGCAGAGUCAGCAGAUCACCCUCGAUCUUUGAGGGUGCUGCUCAGAAACGGAAACGCGGCCGGGCCGAGGAUGAGGACCUGGCUGUAUUUCAAAGCGAGGGUCCUACCACCAGAAAGCGAGCUCGCAGUGGCGACGCAAAUAUGGAGUCGAAGACAGGCGAUGAUGACUUCUUGGCCAGUAUUGCCGAAUUGAUGAAGCAGGUGGAUGGCGCUACGAAGACAACGUCAUAG